ACUACGUAGCCAGCUCGAUCACUUGCAUUGUAGCAGAUCGGCUGACCACCAGUAUCAAUGGCGUCCCCGGCCGCCGCCUCCUCGGUCCUCUUGCUCCUCCUCGCGGCCUUCACCGCCGGCGCCGGCGCGGCAACCUUCACCAUCAAAAACAACUGCGGCUACACAGUGUGGCCGGCGGCCACCCCCGUGGGCGGCGGCAGGCAGCUCAACCCGGGCCAGACGUGGACCCUCGAGGUGCCCGCUGGCACCCAAUCCGGCAGGAUCUGGGGCCGCACCGGCUGCUCCUUCAACGGCGCCGGCCGCGGCCGCUGCGCGACGGGCGACUGCGGCGGCGCGCUCUCGUGCACCCUGUCCGGGCAGCCGCCCCUGACGCUGGCCGAGUUCACCAUCGGCGGCGGCGGGGCCAACGACUACUACGACAUCUCCGUGAUCGACGGGUACAACCUGCCCAUGGACUUCUCCUGCAGCAACGGCAAGAACCUGCACUGCGGCACCCCUCGCUGCCCCGACGCCUACCUCUAUCCCAGCGAUAACUCCAAGAACCAUGGGUGCCGUGGCAACAGCAACUACAAGGUGACCUUCUGCCCGUGAGCGAGCGAGGCGGCCUGCCGCCGGUGGUCGAACAAUGCAUGGUGAAGCAUGCAGUAGUCGCAGUACGUACUGCAUCAUGGCCACAGACGUGACUUAUACGGGUGGCCAAUAAUAAUAAGUUAAUGAUGAAUACUUAAGACGAUCUUUGAGUCGUCCAUAUCCUAUUGAUGAAUAAGACGAUCUAUGUACUUUCGUGAAACUUCAAUAAUAUGCACGUCUUGUACAGUGUUUGUCCAUGUCUUAUAUAUUGAUGAUGAGGACUCAAAAGUCCCAGCUGAAAGUA